CUUGUCGAUUUCACUGAGCGCUCCAGGUUGGGAGCAAUUCAGUUGAUUUCCCCACUACCCCGCCCCCCUUCCUCUUUUCUCCCCACCCCUCCCAUCUCAGCCCGGUGGAGGAUGAAGCGGCUGCAGUGGCCCCAGCCCCAGCAGCGGCACCGGCGGUGGCUGCGGUGGGGGUGGCCGGAACUGGGGUGGUGAAGAAGCGGUGGUGGCGGCGGCGGCGGUGGCGGUGGCUGAAGGAUCGGCAGCCGCCCCAGCCGCUUCCCCUGUGCUUCCCUUCCUCUUUAGUGCAGCCGGGAAGUUUUUCGCUUCUGUGCAUGUGUGUGUGCGUGAGUGUGGGUGUGUAAGGUGAAGGUUUGGUCGGCGUUUGUGCAGGCGUUGGGUUUUUUGCCCACUUCUCUUCCCGUAACCCGGGUAGCUCCCGAGCCUGGGCUGUGGCCCGAAGAGGGGGCGCGGCGGCGGGCUCUCUCCUUUUGUUGUUGUUUCCUCCGCCUGUGGAGCUGAAGGGGGAACGCGCCUGGGUGGGGCGGCUCGGAGCCCGGGCCUGGUGGCCCCCGGGGCUCCCGGGCGGGUAGAGCAGGGCAGAGGAGAGCGGGCUUCAACAUGAUGGCGGCCGAGGCCGGCAGUGAGGAAGGCGGCCCGGUCACCGCCGGGGCAGCUGGAGGCGGCGCCGCCGCGGGCUCGAGUGCUUAUCCGGCAGCGUGUCGGGUGAAGAUACCCGCGGCCCUGCCUGUGGCAGCUGGCCCCUAUUCUGGGCAGGCGGAAGCUGGAGUGGCCGGGACUCUGGGUGGAGGAGCCGCUCUGGGGUCAUCGAUCCUGGGACCUGGGUCUGUGGCUGGGGCACUGGCGGGAGCCGGACUGUCAGGGGGAGGUGCUGCUGCUGGCGUGGCUGGUGCUGCCGCUGCCGGACCCGGCGGGGAGAUGGCUCUCACCAAGGGGACCACUUCGUUGCCUACUGAGACGUUCGGGGCAGGCGGUGGAUUCCCUCCUCUGCCGCCUCCUCCUCAGCUGCCCCCGUUGGGCGCGGGCCUGGGAACAGUGGACGAAGGUGACUCUCUGGAUGGACCAGAAUACGAGGAGGAAGAGGUGGCCAUCCCGCUGACCGCUCCUCCAACUAACCAGUGGUAUCAUGGAAAACUUGAUAGAACCAUAGCAGAAGAACGCCUCAGGCAGGCAGGGAAGUCCGGCAGUUACCUUAUAAGAGAGAGUGAUCGGAGGCCAGGUUCCUUUGUACUUUCAUUUCUUAGCCAGACAAAUGUUGUCAACCAUUUUAGGAUUAUUGCUAUGUGUGGAGAUUACUACAUUGGUGGAAGACGUUUUUCUUCUCUGUCAGACCUAAUAGGUUAUUACAGUCAUGUUUCCUGUUUGCUUAAAGGAGAAAAAUUGCUUUAUCCAGUUGCACCGCCAGAGCCAGUAGAAGAUAGAAGGCGUGUUCGAGCCAUUCUCCCUUACACGAAAGUACCAGACACUGAUGAAAUAAGUUUCUUAAAAGGAGAUAUGUUUAUUGUUCAUAACGAAUUAGAAGAUGGAUGGAUGUGGGUUACAAAUCUAAGAACAGAUGAACAAGGUCUUAUUGUUGAAGACCUAGUAGAAGAAGUGGGCCGGGAAGAAGAUCCACAUGAAGGCAAAAUAUGGUUCCAUGGGAAAAUUUCCAAACAAGAAGCUUAUAAUUUACUGAUGACAGUUGGUCAAGUCUGCAGUUUUCUUGUGAGGCCAUCAGAUAAUACUCCUGGUGACUAUUCACUUUAUUUUCGGACCAAUGAAAAUAUUCAGCGAUUUAAAAUAUGUCCAACACCAAACAAUCAGUUUAUGAUGGGAGGUCGAUACUAUAACAGCAUUGGGGACAUCAUAGAUCACUAUCGAAAAGAACAAAUUGUCGAAGGGUAUUAUCUUAAGGAACCUGUACCAAUGCAGGAUCAAGAACAAGUACUCAAUGAAACAGUGGAUGGCAAGGAAAUUUAUAAUACAAUUCGUCGUAAAACAAAGGAUGCUUUUUAUAAAAAUAUUGUUAAAAAAGGUUAUCUUCUAAAAAAGGGCAAAGGAAAAAGGUGGAAAAAUUUAUAUUUUAUCUUAGAGGGCAGUGAUGCCCAACUUAUUUAUUUUGAAAGUGAAAAACGAGCUACAAAACCAAAAGGAUUAAUAGAUCUCAGUGUGUGUUCUGUCUAUGUUGUUCACGAUAGUCUCUUCGGCAGACCAAACUGCUUUCAGAUAGUGGUUCAGCACUUUAGUGAAGAACAUUACAUCUUCUACUUUGCAGGCGAAACUCCAGAACAAGCAGAGGAUUGGAUGAAAGGUCUACAGGCAUUUUGCAAUUUACGAAAAAGUAGUCCAGGAACAUCUAAUAAACGUCUGCGUCAGGUCAGCAGUCUUGUUUUACAUAUUGAAGAAGCCCAUAAACUCCCAGUAAAACAUUUUACUAAUCCAUAUUGUAACAUCUACCUGAAUAGUGUCCAGGUAGCAAAAACUCAUGCAAGGGAAGGGCAAAACCCUGUAUGGUCAGAAGAGUUUGUCUUUGAUGAUCUUCCUCCUGACAUCAACAGAUUUGAAAUAACUCUUAGUAAUAAAACAAAGAAAAGCAAAGAUCCUGAUAUCUUAUUUAUGCGCUGCCAAUUGAGCCGGUUACAGAAAGGGCAUGCCACAGAUGAAUGGUUUUUGCUCAGCUCCCAUAUACCAUUAAAAGGUAUUGAACCAGGAUCUCUGCGUGUCCGAGCACGAUAUUCUAUGGAAAAAAUCAUGCCAGAAGAAGAGUACAGCGAAUUUAAAGAGCUUAUACUGCAAAAGGAGCUUCAUGUAGUCAAUGCUUUAUCACAUGUAUGUGGACAGGAUCGAACACUACUGGCUAGCAUCCUACUGAGGAUUUUUCUUCAUGAAAAGCUUGAAUCCUUGUUGUUAUGUACACUAAAUGACAGAGAAAUAAGCAUGGAAGAUGAAGCCACUACUCUAUUUCGAGCCACAACACUUGCAAGCACCUUGAUGGAGCAGUAUAUGAAAGCCACUGCUACACAGUUUGUUCAUCAUGCUUUGAAAGACUCUAUCUUAAAGAUAAUGGAAAGCAAGCAAUCUUGUGAGUUAAGUCCAUCAAAGUUAGAAAAAAAUGAAGAUGUGAACACUAAUUUAGCACACCUAUUGAACAUACUUUCAGAGCUUGUGGAGAAAAUAUUCAUGGCUUCAGAAAUACUUCCACCGACACUGAGAUAUAUUUAUGGGUGUUUACAGAAAUCUGUCCAGCACAAGUGGCCUACAAAUACCACCAUGAGAACAAGAGUUGUUAGUGGUUUUGUUUUUCUUCGACUUAUCUGUCCUGCCAUCCUGAAUCCACGGAUGUUUAAUAUCAUCUCAGAUUCCCCAUCUCCUAUUGCUGCAAGAACGCUGAUAUUAGUGGCUAAGUCUGUGCAGAACUUAGCAAAUCUUGUGGAGUUUGGAGCUAAGGAGCCUUACAUGGAAGGUGUCAAUCCAUUCAUCAAAAGUAACAAGCAUCGUAUGAUCAUGUUUUUAGAUGAGCUUGGGAAUGUACCUGAACUUCCGGACACUACAGAGCAUUCUAGAACUGACCUGUCCCGUGAUUUGGCAGCACUGCAUGAGAUUUGUGUGGCCCAUUCAGAUGAACUGCGAACACUCAGUAAUGAGCGAGGUGCACAGCAGCAUGUACUGAAAAAGCUCCUGGCUAUAACAGAACUGCUUCAACAGAAACAAAACCAGUAUACAAAAACUAAUGAUGUCAGGUAGCAGCCUUUACCUCAGUGUUCUGCAUGGAUCCAGCAUGCCCAACAUGAUUUGAAAAUGAACUCUUCGCUAUGCUGAUUAUAGAAGGUAAUUAAACCAGGAAAAUUUGCAUAAUAAGAAUUCAUCUCAUCAGACAACUCCAGUGAUAGGAAUAAAUGUUACAGAUGUGACCCUCUGCCUCUGAUUAUUUGCAUCUGACUUGCCAGGUAUAGUUUUUUUUUUUUUUUUUAAAAAAAAGGGUAGGUGAAGAAUCCCUGAAGAUUAAAAAAAUGACAAAAAUUUAGCAUGUCUAUACAUCCCUACUGCCUUCUAUGAUGACCUUAGGAGGGAUUCUUCAUGAAGUAACUACUAUACUGCUUCAGAACAGGCUAAGAUGGAAGUGAGAAAAAUUCCUGUAAUAGACAAUGUACAUAAAGAUGCAAAAAAAAAAAGCUUUCUAAUACCCACACCUCUGUCUAUAAUGCCCGCACUCUGGAACAAUAAAAUCUUAACACUAUUGUCAUACCAGAAUAAACAACAACAGUAAGCUAAAAUUUACCUUUGAGAACAUACCUCCUCAUGUUUGGAUUUCUUUGAGACAUAAUCAUCAUCUUCAUAACCUUUCCUCUUCUUGCUGUAAUUAAGCAACCAUCAAUAAGCAAUCUAAUACUGGCAACAGAAUCUAGCAUGGUUAAGCUAGCAAGAUUCUGUAGAUCUCUCAAACAAGCUAUCUUUUUUUGAGAUAUCUACAGAACCCUGGAUAAAUGGAAAAAGGUGAAGAAUUAUGGGGAGGAAGGCAAUUAUCUUUCAAAUUACUCUUUAAAGACAGUGCAGUUUGCAGAGUUCCUUGGUGAUCUGGCAGUUAGGAUCAGUGCUUUCAUCGUUGUGGACCGGUUUUGAUUCCUGGUCUGGGAAUUGAGAUCCCAUAUCAAGGUGCUGCAUGAUGCAGCAAAAUAAAAAAAUUCAAUCCAAUUCUAAUUAAAAUCCUAAUAAAAUUUUUCCUAAGCUUAACUCUGACCAGGAAAAGAUUACACAAAAAUAGCAAAAGAAUAUGAAAAAGAACAAAAUAUGGGGAGCAUGUCCCACCUAACAUCAAAACAUACUUUAUAUAAACUAUGGUAAUUAAAAGUAUGGUACAGUCAUUCUUUGACAUCUGAGGAAGACUGGCUCCAGGAACCCCACCCCCACCCCUCAAGAUACCAAAAUCCUGAUGCUCAAGUCCCUUUUAUGAAAUGGUAAUAUUAGUACAUUUGGUGCUCUGCAUCCACAGAUAUGAAGGUCUGUCUGUAUUAGCAAAGAGUUAAAGAUCAAUGAUCAGUACAAAAUAUAUAUAGGAGUUUAAUCUGUAAUAAAUGACUAUUUUAAAUAACUAGAGAAAAUCAUGAAAUAUUUUUAAAUGGCUGAUACAAGUUUACUUUGAACAAAAAUUAAUGAGAUUUCUACCUCAAACCAAUCACAUACAAUUCUAAAUAAUUUUAACAGCUAAACAAAAGGCAAAAUACAGAGUAAGACACGGUGUUCAGGUGUAUGAGCAUACAGCAAAAGACAAGCUGCCUAUGUCACAAAGUAAAAGAAGCAACAAAAGAAAGUAGGUCUAUGAUAAAUAUAAAAAGAGGAGUAUAUAAAAAGAACCAUAAGAAAACAAGACCAGAAAGUUGGGCAGGGGUUAUAAUUAUGCAAUACAGAAGAAACAUGAUUAUUUGACAUAGAAAUAUCAGUAUCAGAAUAAUAAGAGAAAUGCAAAUAAAAAUACCGAUGUGAUAAUUAUUUCUUCACCCAGACUGGCAGAAGUUAAAUACUGAUACUAUUAAAUGUUGUACAAUGUGUAUGAAAACAAUGAAAAGGAAAAAAACCCUUUUCUAAAUAUAUAAUAGUGAAAAGCUUGGCAAAGAUAACUAUAAGUUACCUCUCGGGAUGAAACUGGGAUUUGGGUUUUGGUUAAAGAGAACUCUGGUUUACCUGUAUUAAAUUGGCUUUAAUAAUGACACUAUACUACUUGUGUAUUAAAAAAGAUAAAAAAUUUUAAAGACCAAGAAAAAAUAUUUUAUCCUAAAGUAGUGCUUGUAAGUGUGAUUUAUGGACCAUUUCCAGCGUGCAAUGAGAUAAGUAGAGAAAUUGAGUGUGUGUUUAGAAAUUUUUAUAGGAAUUUGAUAGAUUUAUUUAUGACUACUGAAUCUAAUAAAAUUUAAGCUUAUUGAAUCUAAUAAAAUUUAAGCUU